CGGUUAUCAGGGCACAACGACGCUUAUUUCUGCCAGAUUCUUUCGUUUCAUCGCGAAAACGCGUUGAAUAAGUCGAAUUUAUUGAUUUUUAGGAUGUUGUAGUUAAACUGUAUAAUUAUCUAAUUUACAUCGUUUUUUAAGUACAUUGCUGAAAUUAAGAUCUUUGAUGCACAAUCUAUUACGCUUGACAUGUAUAACUGCGAAUAAAGUAAAAAGAAAGCGACGAUAAAAAUAAUGACUGACGUGGAAAAAUCCAGAGCAAUGGAGAUUCAACUGGAAACUGAAAAACAAUUGAGCGAAGAUAUAAUAGAUUUCUCAGAAGCUGCAGAAAAACUGGCGGAAUUGUUAUUUCGGUUGUAUCAAAUCUAAAGCUCAGAACUUUUUUGUACACCUAAUACAUCAGUAAUGCAAACAAUAAAGAUUUCACAUUGAUUAUUAUUUAUGUUAUAUUAUUUUUCUUACAGUAAUAAACAAGAAUCUCUACUUACACGAAUGCAGCUUGAGAAUAAAAGGAUACAUGAGACAUUUGAAGAUAUAGAUUUAAAUGAUAUGUUUUCAGCCGUUAAAAUUUAUCAAGGAAAAUUAUCAGUGAUAAGAAAAGAAAUGAUUAAUAUUCAUGAAAGAACGUCUAAACUAAAGAAACGCGUGUUGCGUCUUCAACAGAUUAAGAAAAAAGAAUCAAUGAAUAGGGAACAACAACGUGAACAAGAAUUGCGCAAGGAACAAGAAUUAAUUGGAAAAUCUACAAUUAAUUAAAAGAGUAUAAAUCUUUAUAAACCGAUACAUUUUUACAAAUUAUUUCUAAAAGAAAAAUAUAACUAUGUUUCCAUCGAGGGUCAAAGUCAAGUCGAAGUCUGGUUCAGUUAAGUGCUCUUACGGUGGAAACAUUAAGAAUCCUACCCAAUAAAAUUUUAAGAUAGUUAUCAGAUUUCCUUUUUACAAUUUCGGACAACGUUUUGAUUGGCCAAAGAGUAGCUGCCAUAUUCAAAACGAUUGCGCAUCCUUGGCAAUGGAAUACCUUAUAUUCUUGUAUCAUAGUGUAACUCUGUCGCAACCUUAGCGUAACUCUGAUUGGUAGAAACAGGCAAGCCAACUUAACUUUAACCCGACUCUAAAAGAGAAACCUGAGAUCAAGCAUCCCGGCCUUUUUCAUCUAACAAACCUCGUAGGGUAAUAUACACGCUUUUGUGAUUGUCUUUCAUAUUAUUAAGUGGGUUAGACAAGGAUGAAUAAUCAAUUUCGAUUACUCGUCCACUCUCAGAUUUCUCUCUGCUCUAACUUGACUUUGACCUGAUUCAAACCAUCGGUAGAAAUAUAAACAUAUAAUCUGUUUUUUGCACUAGAAUUAUCUUUCUCACUUUUGACAAAU